AUGCUCGAAAUCAUUCUGGCAAAGAGCUCUUCUGACUCCCAAGCACAGACAUCGCUCAAAGGCCUUUUUCUUGUAAUUUUUGCUCCAAGUGCUUUAAACGAAGUGACGUUUUGCGCGCUCAUCAAUUCCGAUGCAAAGAACGAGGGGAAGCCCCCGUCCCCGAAGGCCAAAGCAAAGGUCGCAAAAGGUCUUCGUGUUUGUCUUGUGUCAAAUUGCGCACGCGAUGUGAUCAAGAAACUCCUUGUGGCCGAUGUCAAGAACUGGGAAAGGAUGCCGAGUCCUCCAAAGCCGUCAUCACAGGUGAGACCGAAGAGCCGAGAUGCCAUCCCCAUCCAGCACCUACUCAAUACCUCGGAUGCCGACGACUUUGCUGGCCGCUUCCCUAUCCGCAGUAACGAAUCUGCUCAGACAGAAGAUGAAGACGACACCGCAUCAGGCGAUCUCGAGAUAGGUUCCGAAACUUCACACUGGAGCGAAGACUACGAUGUGAAUGAUGUUUUCGUUGGGGCAGAUGUUGCGGAUUUCGAAACCCUUAACUUCGACACUUUCUUCGGCGGCUUCGACACUCUGACGUUCAGUUCCUAUCCGCUGCAUCAAGACAUGUCGCAAGUCACUAGCGUGGGAGGCCUCACUUCGCCAAUGGCCAUGGCACUAGAGCCUCGAGCCUUUGAAAUUCGCCAAUUACUACUAGACACAGCAACGACACUCUCAAACGAAUCUCCUCAAUCCCUCAAUCUACUCCAGCUGGCGUCCAGUAUCAACCUACUCACCAAUACCGAGCUUGAGCAUUGCAUCAAUCUGUACUUCGCAAACUAUCACAGGCAUUGUCCUAUUGUACACAGACCAUCCUUCCAACCAACUGUAGCUCCCGUACCUCUGAUAUUAGGUAUGGUGGCCUUGGGGGCAAUGUACUCCCAGGAGCGCGCAAAGGUUCUCUGGAUGAAGAACCUUCUGGACGUGAUGGAAGCAUGCAUUUUCUCGUGGCCGGGUUUGAAGGACGACUAUGGUGGUCUCUUUACGCUGGCGGAAGCCCCCGACGAGGAUACUCUUGAUUUUCAAUUCCAGAUAUUCCAAGGCGCUUACUUGAUGGUGGUCGUGCAAUUUUUCUCCGGAAAUCUAUCUGGUCGGAGACGAGCUCGGAGGCAACGGUUUACAACCGUCAUAAGUAUUGCAAGGUCCUUCCGCCUCCCAGUCGCACAGCACGACGGGACAACCGUCAUCCCAGACGAGGUUGCGUUCCGGCACUGGAUCCGGCAAGAAAUUCGCGUACGAACAAUGAACAUACUGUUAUCUCUCGAUUCUGCCAUGGGCAUAUUCAACAAUGUUCCCGCUCGCGUUAAUUAUAUCGAACUCGAUCUCCAACUACCUUGUCAUCCCGAGUAUUUUGAAUUGUCGAGUCACGCGGAGAUGCUGGCUCGAUCGUCCUUUCCUCAAACACGAAUGAAACUCAUCGAUGCUUUCCAAAGACUCUUUACUCCUGCCCGGGAGUUGAAAGCAGCAUUCCAUAACGAAAGAUUGUGUUGCUGGGACAUGCUGUACCUGAUCCAUGUCCUCUUCACCCAUGCCACGCAACACUUGUUCGGUAAUCCCAUGAAUCGAGCUUCACCGUCGACACUCUCAACUGGGUCGUCUUUCAUAAUCGAAUCGAUCAAGACGGCACUAAACAACUGGAAGACUCUCUGGGACGGGGCCAAGAAGAGGAUGCCUCGACCCUUUCCUAGCGAGAUGGGGUUCGAGACAUCUGCCGAUAGUUACUGGACCUUACUCAGGAUGAUCGUGCAAAAGUUUGAGGUCGGUGAGGUCAACGGUGCCAUGAACAUCAGCUACGGCGACGAUCAGCCCCAAACCGGACUCAAUUCAAACGGCACAGGUCAGAGUGGACUGCCACUUGUCCUGGAUUUUAUGCCACUCGAGGCAGAUUCUGACAACCAAGGCGCUCAUUUGAGAAAGAUUUUGGGACGAUGA